GGGCUUUGGUAAGCACUUACUCACUUAAAAAGCCGGCAAACACAACCACAAAUCUCCAGCUUUCUCUUCUCUUCCUUCACUGCAAUUGCAUGUUCAAAAAGCAGGAAACUUAAUUUCCAAAGUCUUGCCUGAGGAAGACUAAUACCCAUAAGUUUUAUCAUCUAGCCAUGGCUAGAGAACAAUUGAUUGUGCUUAAUGCACUUGAUGUGGCGAAGACCCAAUGGUACCAUUUUACUGCCAUUGUUAUUGCUGGAAUGGGAUUCUUCACAGAUGCAUACGAUCUCUUUUGCAUCUCCUUGGUCACCAAGUUGUUGGGUCGCAUUUACUACCACGUUGAUGGCGCUCCAAAUCCAGGAACAUUGCCUCCAAGGGUUUCAGCUGCCGUUAAUGGGGUGGCUCUAUGUGGCACUUUAGCUGGUCAGCUCUUCUUUGGUUGGCUUGGAGACAAACUAGGUCGAAAAAGGGUUUAUGGUAUAACUCUUAUUCUCAUGGUUGUUAGCGCCAUCGCCUCUGGACUUUCCUUCGGAAAAAGUCCAAACGGUGUCAUGACAACCCUUUGCUUCUUCAGGUUUUGGCUUGGUUUUGGUGUUGGUGGUGACUACCCACUUUCAGCCACUAUUAUGUCUGAAUAUGCUAACAAAAAGACCCGCGGAGCAUUUAUUGCUGCGGUUUUUGCCAUGCAAGGUUUUGGUAUUUUGGCUGGUGGGUUUGUAGCUCUAAUUGUAUCAACUGCAUUUAAUCAUUCAUUCAAUGCUCCUCCAUACUCAGUUGAUCCCAUAGGCUCCACCGUGCCUCAAGCUGACUAUGUUUGGCGUAUUGUGUUGAUGGUUGGUGCCGUUCCUGCUACUCUUACAUAUUAUUGGCGUAUGAAGAUGCCGGAAACUGCUCGUUACACAGCUCUUGUUGCCAAAAACGCAAAACAAGCUGCUGCUGACAUGUCGAAGGUCUUGCAUGUAGAACUUGAAGUAGAGGAGGAAAAGGUAGCAAAAAUGACCAUAGAAAAUCAAUCCAAUUCCUUUGGAUUGUUUUCAAGGGAAUUCUUGAAACGUCACGGACUUCACUUGUUUGGAACCUGUUCCACUUGGUUCUUGUUAGAUAUUGCAUUCUACAGUAAUAAUCUUUUCCAAAAAGAUAUUUUCAGUGCAAUUGGAUGGCUUCCUCCAGCACAAACAAUGAAUGCUAUUGACGAGGUUUUCAAGAUUGCAAAGGCACAAACACUUAUAGCCCUAUGGAGUACAGUUCCAGGGUAUUGGUGCACAGUGUUUCUAAUUGAUUAUAUUGGAAGGUUUGCAAUCCAAAUGAUGGGUUUCUUCUUCAUGACAGUGUUCAUGUUUGCACUCGCUAUACCUUAUGAUCACUGGAUCCAGAAGGCUCACAGAAUUGGUUUUGUCGUUAUAUACUCACUAACAUUUUUCUUUGCAAAUUUUGGACCAAAUGCCACGACAUUUGUGGUGCCAGCAGAGAUCUUCCCGGCAAGGCUAAGGUCAACUUGUCAUGGAAUAUCAGCAGCGGCUGGUAAAGCAGGUGCAAUUGUGGGCGCAUUUGGUUUCCUAUACGCCGCCCAAAGCACUGACAAAACCAAGACAGAGGCCGGUUACCCACCUGGUAUUGGUAUCAAGAAUUCACUGAUAAUGCUCGGUGUUAUUAACUUUGUUGGAAUGAUAUGCACUCUAUGCGUCCCAGAGGCAAAGGGAAAAUCACUUGAGGAAUUGAGUGGUGAAAAUGAGGAGGAGACUGACCAGGCAGUUGCUUCUACUAGGACUGCUCCUGUGUAAUGAUUUUUAUUAAUAUAUCAAACUCUGUGAAAAUUCAA